UGUAGGUAGUUACAUUAAAUUCAAGUCACUUCGUUGACACUAGUUGACUUGUGAACAACAGCUAGAGUCCAGCGUAUAAUAAAUAUUGCAUAAACCUUUCAUUUCCGCAACCGUUCUCAUUAAGCAAAUAUCAUUUAACUCAGAGAACACACAGAAAAUAAGUAGAGAAGUGAAAACAAAUUUUAAAAAAGCAAUGGAAAAUUUAUCACGUAUUAAGCCAUUAGGCCAACCACCCAAAAUUUGGAAAUCCAUCGAAAAAGUGAAUAAGGAUGGUACAAUAAUGAAAUUUACGAUUCAAGAGAUUCCUGAAGACAGGUACGAAGAUGCAUUUCAACAUAUGUGUACGUACUUUUUGGCCGACGAACCGAUUUGUCAAUGUUUGAAUGCGAAAGAUGACUCUCUAUUUCUGCAAGAUAUGAAUGUAAUAUGGCACUUAUUUCUUGAACAAGGCUUAAGUAUAGCUGCCUUCGUCGAUAAUCCGACCGGGAAACCUAUAAUUGCCGGCAUGAAUGUUUUAAGUGUUGCUUUUAAAGAUCAUAAAGAUAGUAUUUCACAGUAUCAGUUUAAAUCACAAAAUUGCAAUACGAUUAUAGGCAAAUGCGAUACUACAAUAACAUACGAUUAUUAUGGCGUAGAUAAAUAUUUAUAUGCUCUCGGACUUAGUGUACUUCCCAUUUAUCGAGGAUAUGGCUUAGGAAAAGAUAUUCUAAAAACUAGGGAUCUUAUUGGGCGGGAGUACAAUAUUCCAGUGACAGCCACGGCGUUCACAUCGAUACCCUCGCAAAAAUCUGCGAGGAGUGUAGGAUUCGAGCUAUUAACGACGAAAAAUUUCGUCGAUAUGGUGGACGAAAAUGGAAAGCAAUAUUUCCCCGGUAUUAAAUCCAAGACAUUGGAAAUCAUGGGAAAAAGAUUUUCUUAAUGUAGUACCGCGUGUUCAAGCAAACAUGCAAUCACAUGCAGAAUUAUAUGAAGUAAGUCAUAUAAUUUUCUGAAUUACUUAUAAUUUUUACUACACAAACUAUUCAAUAUUUUUUAUACAUGUAAAUGUAACUGUAUCGUAUAGACUAAAAAGAGAUUUUUCAAUAUACAUAUACAUUCAACACA